CUUGAGAGACUCAGCUGACGCGGCAAGGGAGUGAUUAUGAAUUACGCGCACGUCUUUUGGUCUAUGGAAGAAGCGGUCAAAGCCGCACAAAUGGGAGGCUAGCCACGACAUCCGCUGAAAGCUCGACUCGCCUGCACUCAACCUCCAGUCAGUCCCGGGAACGGCACUGGGGUUCGACAACAUGUCCAUCUCAACAACAGACGGCGCUCACAACUAUGGAACAAUCUACCGUAGCACGCCGCCCUCAUUGUCUGACUCCGAAUCCGAGCUUCCAUGGCCGGACAGCGACACAUUGGGAGAGCCCUUCCAGGCAAAAGACGGCUCGGAGCAUCAUGAGCUGUCCUUCCUGCGAACAUGCGCCAUCAUCUUCAGCUUGUCAGGAGUGACCUUCUCCGCCAGCGUGAGCACGGGCUUGUUGACCGUUGGCCUGCCCGUCAUCGCGAGAGAUUUACAUCUUCCGGAGCACUUGCUGCUAUGGCCAUCAUCUGCGUACUCACUCGCCUGCGCCUGCUGCCUCCUCCUCGCCGGCUCGGUCGCCGACAAGGUAGGCGACCGGCCCGUCAACCUGAUCGGCUCGGCGACGCUAGCGGCCUCGGUGCUGGCCAACGGGCUCGCGCGCUCGGGCGCGCAGCUCGUCGCCCUCCGCGCCCUGCAGGGCGUCGGCGUGUCCAUGUGCCUGCCCACGGGCGUCAGCAUCGUCGCGCGGUCGCUUCGCGCCGGGCGCGGCCGCAACGUCGGCUUCUCGUGCCUCGGCGUCGCACAGCCGCUCGGCUUCUCGCUCGGCCUCGUCGUCGAGGGCGCCGUCGAGGCCGCGGGAGACUGGCGCCUCGGCUACCACGUCUGCGCCGCCGUGUUGGCCGCCUUCGUCGUCGCGAACUGGCUGGUCUUGCCGCCGCCGGAUGGGCGCGGCGCCGGGGCUGUCGCCGCCGACUGGGAGUCUGUUGGCGCUGGUGUUGACUGGGUUGGCAUCGCGGUCUCGAGCGUCGGCCUCGGGCUGGUUUCGUACACUUGCGCAGUAUUGACGGAUGACGCCAAAUUAUUGUGGCGCAAGGGAAACAUGACGGCCAUGCUCACCGGCUUGAUCCUCCUCGCGGCCUUUCCCUGGUGGAUGAGGCGACAAGAGCGUCUGGGGAGACCAGCGCUCGUGCCGAACUCCAUCUGGAGAAACCGCGCGUUUUUGUCGGUGAGCCUCACCGUCUUGCUGGCCUGGGCAUCCUUGCAGAGUUCGGAACUCCUCAUCAGUCUCUUCUUCCAAAGGGUUCAGCUAGUUACACCCAUGCAAACAUCCCUCCGGCUGCUUCCCAGCAUCAUUGUCGGCUUCAUCUUGAACCCACUCACGGGCCUAUGCGUACAGUACUUCACCGCGUAUAAGCUCCUAGCCUGCGUGUCCCUAAUAGCGGCCUCCUCCCCCCUGAUCAUGACGCUCAUCGACCCCGGAUGGUCAUGGUGGGUAGCCGCAUUCUGGGCUGUUGCCCUGGGUCCCGUUUCCGUUGACGUCCUCUUCACCAUGGCCCACCUGGUCAUCACCGACGUCUUCCCGACAGACAUGCACGCCCUCGCGGGCGCCGUGUUCAACACCACCGCCCAGCUGGGCACGUCGCUGGGCAUGAGCCUCGUGGCCAUCGUCUCCAGCUCCGUCACCAGGUCGUCCGGCCUCCCGGACAAGGGGUCGCCCGCGGCCCUGAUGGGGGGCUACCGCGCCGCCUUCGGGACGUGCUUCGUCCUGAUGUUCCUCUCCGCCGCCACGUCCUUGGGACUGCGGAGCCUCGGAAGGCUUGGGAGGCCGGCGGAGAGGUAGUUGGGCCGCUGGAGUCAUAACUGGCACAUGCGGCUGGUGGGGAUUGGUGCGUUUGGAGGGCGGUGUGAAAGGAGGCGGGGUGGGAAGAAGUCCCCGGUUAGGAUAUCCAGUUAUUUUGCUAGGCUUGUGGGCUGGGUGUCGGUGGCUCGAUGUUGGUACCUGCGAACAAAGACGCUAUCGUUCCAUACCAAGCUGAGUUGUUAGAGAGUGGCGUUUCGCUGGGGGUGGCGGUGAGCUUUGCUAGACAGGAUGGGGUUGAUCUGUCAGUUAUUAGUUAUGGGAUGCUC